CCGCCCUCCGUCUGGUCUCCGCCCCCAGGACCCGCAGCCGCGAGCUCCUGAGCGCGGCUUCCUGGGCCAGCGGCGCGAUGGGCUGCAGGAACUCCACCGCUACCAGCUCGGGCGCAGGCCGAGGCCCUGCGGGAGCAGCUAAAGAUGUAGCAGAAGAAUCGAUAACAGAAGAUGACAAGAGGAGAAACUAUGGAGGAGUAUAUGUUGGCCUUCCAUCUGAAGCUGUCAGUAUGGUGUCCAAUCAAACCAAGACUGUACGAAAAAAUUAGAGGAAAAUAACAUCCCGACUCAAUAAUCAAGAGCUUGCUCAUCAAUUUGGAAGGAGUUAGGCCCCAGGGACAUUUCAACGUGCACAGACAUUCCCAAGGAAAUUCUAAAGUCACCCCCUCCCCAAUCCUAAGUAAAAGAAAGCAUGGGCGCAGUUUGCAGUGUCAGCAGAGGGAUCUGGUUAGGCAGUGUGCUUUUUAUGGACUCUGUGGCUCGCCCAGGAAUACAAGGGCAGACUGUCCGGAGGCCGUUGUCCAGCCUGGACUGUCGUGCUCCAGCACUGUCACUGGCCACUCAGCACGGCUUGUGGAUGUCAUGUCUUUUCUCUGAUACUUUUUGGAUAAUUUUUAUAUAACAAAAUCCUUAUUCUAUUUAUAACUUUAGAUAAUAAGGCAUUAUAAAUGCAUUACCUAAAGUAAAAUAUUUGGCCUCUUAUCUUUCACUAUUUCUACUUCACAUUAAUUUUUAGCUGUAAAAUUGGUAAAUGGAUUCUUACUACUAUCUCUUUCCCUUUUUUACUAUUUGGUUUUCUAAUUUGAUUUAGAUGUUAGAGAAUUUUCUUUAUUUGAAACAUUGUAUAGCACUGCAGUA